GACUACCCGGAAAAUAGAGAAUCUAUUCCAGAAUUUUUAUUCAAGCUUUUGUGAAAAUCAUGUGUGAAAAUAACUCUGCCUAAUUACAAAAUUGAAAAUGUCAUCAAAAGCUUCCGGUGAUGCUCCACAAUCAGAAACUAAACGAAUAACAGAAAAGAAGGAUGAUAUUUACAAUUGGAGAAUGUCUUACGAGGCGUGGCAAACAUUCAACGACUUGAGAGAGAAGGGGCUUUUCUAUGAUGUCACUCUUGUCACAGACGACCAGCAAAAGUUUUCAGCGCACAGGAUUGUUCUGUGCACGUGUGGUCAUUACUUCAGAUCAUUAUUCAGCGGACGCUGGAAAAGCAGUAGUCAGAAGGAAAUACGGAUUCCCGGAGUAAACGCUACCAUGAUGAAAUGUGUUAUUCAAUUUGCUUAUACAAGAAGUAUAAAGUUAAAUUCUAUAAGCGAAGCAAAGGAGUUGCUCAUUGUUGGAAACCACUUCGGCGUUGACGAAAUGAUGAAAAUAUGCGCCCAGUAUCUCACGCAAAAAAUGAAGCCCAAAAAUUGUUUGGAAUUUUGGGAAUUCGCCAGAAUUUACUAUUGCAAAGAGUUGGAGAUGAAAGCCUUUUCGUUUAUUCUGAGUAAUUUCCAAUCACUCGCGAACCUCCAAGAAUCUUGUAGUGGUAAGACGUUGAUGGAACUGGAUGCCGAUAGUCUGCGGAAAAUUCUUGAAAAUGAUGAACUCAAUGUGAAAAACGAGAAGCUGCCUCUUCGUGUCGUUUUGAGCUGGGCUAGUAGUCCAAUCAAUCGUCAUCGCCAAACGGAUUUCUUCAAUCUUCUGUUCUCCGUCAGACUUGGUUUGUUGAAAGCGGAAUUCAUUGAAGCUUUUGUGAGAAAUCACGACCUCGUAAUAUCAUCUGCACGAUCGAGAUCCCUCAUAGAAAAGCAGAUUCUUUUAUCGAGGAUGAAGGAAAAUCUUGGAGACAAUAAAGCAGCUUUCACAAAAUUUGCUACCGAUGUUGGCACCAAGUUAUUUAAUGCAGACAUAUCAUUUCCACCAACAUCGCAAGAAUGCGAUAUACUGCGCCUCACUUCGAGGCCUCGUUUUCCGCGAGAAGUUAUUCUAGUCGUGGGCGGAUGGAGCGGCAACGCUCCUACAUCAUCUAGCGAGGCGUAUGAUCCCGUGACUAGAACAUGGUGUGAUACAAAUAUAGCGUUUCCGACGCUCUUAAAGAAACCCCGAGCAUAUCACGGCGUGUGUUAUCUUGAUGGAAUGUUAUAUGUUGUUGGUGGAUUUGAUGGUCAGUUAACAUACAAUUCCUGUGAUCGUUAUAAUCUCAUAUCAGGAAAAUGGAAGAAAAUGUGUGGAAUGCAUCACAGGAGAUGCUACGUUGGAGUUGCUGAACUUGAUAAAUUGAUUUACGCUGUUGGUGGAUCCGAAGGUGGAGGGGAACAUUUAAGAUUAAAAUCCGCGGAGAAAUAUGAUCCGAAUGUUAAUGUCUGGACUCGUUUACCCGAUAUGACUGAAAGAAGGAGCGAUGCAGGUGUAUGCGGAUUAUCUGGAAAGAUAUACGUUGCUGGAGGUUUCACUGGACACCAAUGCGUAUUUUCUGUUGAAUAUUUCGACACAGAAUCUCAACAGUGGUCACGCAUUAUUCCGAUGCGAAUUCCUCGUUCGGGGGUCACUGUUAUAGCCUACAAGAAUCGCGUUCUUGCUCUGGGUGGAUUUGAUGGAAAUUCUUCCAGGUUGAAUAGUGUUGAAGCUUACGAUCCACAACUCAACUUAUGGACGACAUGGCCCGAUAUGUCAACUGGCAGGUCCAACUUUGGUGCGUGUGUGCUCGGAGGAAAACUUACUGUUAUGGGUGGAUUCAAUGGAGUUUCCACUUGUUGCAACGUAGAAUACUUUGACGAUGAAGGCGACUCGGAUGACGUAAUUGCUGGAGGAAGUGACGCUGAAGUUCCUGGUCCGAGUAAUCGAUUGGCUCGGCACGGCAACGAUAGCCCUUCGUAUGAGGGUAAUGGAAGUGGCGACAACGAUGAAGAUAAUGCGGAUGGUUUGAGGCAUGUUUUAAGACUACAGAACCUGAGGCCCGAAAACUUGCCUGCCAAUCGUGAAAUUCCGACCGGAGUUUGGCGUCGUCUGCCGGAUAUGAAAAUCAGUCGAAGUGCACUGAGUUGCUGUGUGGUUAAGAAUCUCCCACCGCCUUUUCUACGGUCAGUGGUUGCUCCUCUUGAAUCCUCGGGGCAUCACCCAGUGGCAGGAUCGACGCAACAAUGGGAUGCUUUGGAUAGACUAAUGGCUGUUUGCAUUCAAAAUACAUUUCAUAACAGUUGAAAGUGCCAUUUACUACUGGUUGCUUUAUUGCUAACGCCGUCAUUUUUAUGAAUCUCGAUUUCUUCUUUUUUCCUAACUUUUUUAUUCAUUCAUGUU